AAACCACUAUGCUGAACUGAUCAGAUUCAGAAACUAAAUUGGAAGCAGAAGCUCGUACAAAAGUUUCCGUGCCCCAAUCCUUCAGGACGAUGGUUUGCGGCGCUCGUUCCGCUUCGUGGAUGUUUUACAUCGGUAAUAAUUGAAAGCAAAGAUUUGGCAAUCAAACAUUCAGUUCGGCUGAUGAGUGAAAGAAGCGCUGGUAAUCUCUUAGUCAACGUCUUCAAAUCGACCCGAUCAAUAUUUAAAUCCAGCACCACUUCAAACAAACCUGCCAGCGGAAAUAAAUAUGACUGCAAGCAGGAAGAAUUGCUGCCGAUUGUGUUUGGCACCGGAAGAAGAAUGUGUUCCCAUUUUCACAAACUUUGCGGCAGAUCGCCAACGCCUGGAUCAAAAAAUCUUCUCCUGUGUUCGAAUAAAAGUUGUUCAAGGGGAUGAUUUAUCGUCAAAGGUUUGCCACGCUUGUAUUAGCUAUUUGAAUUCCUGGCAGAGUUUUAAAAAUCGAUGUGACGCCGCAGAGAAACGCCAAAAAAGUUGGAUAGAAAUCGACCGUGUUACGUGUACUUCCGUCAUCGAUCGCAAUGCCGUUAUCCAGCACGUGAAGGAGCUAUGUCCUGGGGUAACGAUAGAGAGCAUCCCUCAGAAAGCUCAAUCAUGUUCUACUGAGGCAGUCAAUAAAUUGAGACCAAGUGAUGGUGCAGUUCAAGAUCAUCUAAGAGAGAAUGGUGCACAGAUUAGCAGCUCGUCAGCCACCAGAGUUGUUAAGGAGGAACCAAAGGAGCUAGAUGAUGACAACGAUGAGCGGACUGUCGUGAUGGAACUAGAUCCUUCUCAGUUCUUGAUACAAUCACAAAACGAGGAAGACUAUGACGACGAUUACGAUGAGGGUGAUUUAUCAAGUGGACCACCUCUUCUGGAAUCUCUUGGCAUGCACCAUGUUAACGCCAAUACUGCUGUUGAAAACCACCCAUCCGACAAUGAGACAGGUGACGAUAUCGAUGGUGACAACAUGCAACAUCAAAUGAUUGCAGCUUGCUCUGUGUGCGAAAUGACUUUCUCUAAUCGUGCAAAUGCACGUCGACAUGAAAGAAAUAUUCAUGGCUUAAAGCAAAAUCCAGUAAACCCAUUGUCAGCACAGGUACCUCAAGGGACAUUGGAAUAUGCAGAAUCUGGAGUUCAACACAAAUCAAGCGACAACACGCCAAUUAUCUCAACAUCAACCGGUAUCCCCAGUAUCGAUUUGAAGGCAAAGUUCCGAAUGAAACUCAAAUCGCAAAAAGAGACAUAUGAUUACCGAAAUCCAUCCAAAUAUCGCCACUUAGUCACUCCUAAUAGGUUGGCAUUUAUUUUACGAAAUUUGGAGUUUUUGGAGCAAGCCCAAGAUAUGAAGUGCAAAUGUUGUAACAAAGUUUAUCCGUCCUAUAAGUAUUUCAUGGGCCACAUGCGAAAAAGGUAUCAACAUUUGCCUCGCAAUGUAUGCUUCAAAUGUUUGAGACAAUUUGGUAGCAAAGGACAGUUCAUCGGACAUCUGAAACGUAAAAGCUGCAUUAACCUAUACGCGAUAGUUAUGGCUGAUGACAGCAUUCGAAAGGCUCCUGCCAUUACAUCUUUAGUCGACGGGGUUCCAGGAUCUAAGGAGAUUAUCGCUUACAAAAGCUACGGAUGUAAAUUGUGUAAUAAAGAGUUUAAGCCGAAAAUCAAUUUUCGCCAACAUGUGUUCGAGGUACACCCGGAAGUGCAGAAUAGCAAAGAAACGACGGAACCAUCAUGUGCGUUCUGCCAGCAGAUAUUUGAAGACGCCGUCUUACGCCGUAAGCAUUACAAUAAUCUGGAGUGCAUCAUGUUCAUCGUAUGCUGUUCCUGCGGAGAACGUUUCGAGGAACAUACCACCUAUGUCGAUCACAUCUAUCAACAUCAUUUACCAUCACAGCAUACGGGACAAGACGAAUACGGAUACGAGCUGUUUGACCAGGAUGGAAACUCAUCGUCUUCCCAUCUACGCAACCCUCAAAAUUGUCCUGUUUGUAAUAAGCAGUAUAACAAUUACUACAAUGUAUUACGCCAUAUGGAAUCGAAGCAUCCAAACCAAUUACCGCAGAUUUAUCAAUGUUCUAAAUGCGCAGAAGGAUUUCCCAGGCAAUCUGAGCUCAGAGAUCACCUUCAAACUGCUCAUGGGGAAAAUAUUACGAAGCAACAAAAGCAGCAAAUUCCAACGACACAAUUUCCCUGCAAGGAUUGUGAGAAGACAUUCACAACCCUUUCGGAAUGGCUAGAUCAUCAAAGCGUUAAUCACGCACGGUUCAAUUGCCUAAAGUGUGACUUCAGCAGUGAAAAUCGAGAAGCAUUCACAGUACACUGUUUUAUGGAGCACAGAAAUUUCAACACAAGCGCUACAAAAGUUCAGCUGUACUCUUGCAGGCAAUGUACCAACACGUACAGUUCGAUUGAUAGUUUACAAGAACACAUCGAAUCUAAGCACAACUCUGCGUCGAAUGAACAAGGCAAGGGAAAUCCAUGCGUAAAUGGAAAUAAGCCAACGCUAAAUGCUCCAGAGAAUGAUAAAAUUGGAGAUAAAACAUCCGACAGCAUACUCAAUCCUGUUUUAAAAACUAUCAAUUGUGGUAUAUGUGGAUUCGUUUUGACUGAUUUCGAAGCCCUAAGGCAGCAUAUGAGUAAAAUCCAUGGUAUGGACAAAAAGUUUUACUAUUGCAAUCAAUGCACGGCAAAGUUCAUGAACGAUAAAGGCCUUCGUGUACAUUUAUUCAGAGUUCACGGUGUACGAGAUGAGUCGAUACCAACACCUGUAGUAAGCGCUGGGGCUUCAUUAUUAAAACCAAUUCAGCAAUCAACGGGACACCAGCUCACUCUUCCGCUGGUAACGAUGAGUAGUGAUCCGGAUUCGAGCGAGCCUGAUUCAAAAGGUUCAUUGGAGUGCACUGUUUGCCACAUCGUAUAUAAGAAUGGCGAACAGCUGAAAAUACAUAUGCAAACUGUUCAUUCUACAUCGGAAAUGGUUCGAACUGGAGAGGACACUACUCCACUUGAUACUUCAUACAUAUAUUCUGCUAAUCAACCUUAUCUUUGGUUUCAAUGUCGGUACUGUACCGAAAGCUUCAACACUAGCAAAAGACUGACAAUCCACAUGAACACGCAUGAAGAGCACGACAGAAGCGAUCACUCAUGUAAAGACUGCGGUGGUAUCUAUAGUACAAAAAAAUCAUUAUGGGUUCACCGUUAUAAAAAACAUCCUAAAAUAUCGGAUGCAUCACCAUGUGAACUCUGUUCGCGAGUAUUCUUCGACAAAACGGAACUGUUCUACCACACAAGUCAGGUACACAGUAAUACCACGUCUAACGGUGGCUCAAACGGCGAGCAGUUUCAUGAAAUGCAAUGUGCCAGCGAUGCAUUGUUCUCAAUGUUGGACACUUCCAGUAGUACAAGCAAUGAUCAAGCUCGUUCUUCGAAUCGGAAACCAGAUGAUACAGUUUAUCAGUGUGAUAUGUGUCCAAAAACAUUUCAUAUCUUGAAUGCCCUUCAAGUACAUAGAGGUUGGCACUUCAGAUCGCCAGAUGGAAGAAAAGUUCGCGAUCCAAACGAUAUUUGGCAGCCUGAUCAGCUGCCACCAAGCAAGAUGAAAAGGAUGUCUCAUACAAAUCGAGCUUCAACGACCAUCAUGUCGAUUCCAGUUACGAGUGGUUCUUCUACAGAAAAAAACUUACCGACAUGUCCAUAUUGUUACUCUACUUUUGCAACUGGCAAUAAUUUGAAACGACACAUCGUUGAGGUGCACAAACGAAAUGAUUCGAAAAACUUGGCUCAAGAUAGCCCUUCAAUAACGUACGAAAUGGUGACACCAUCGUUUAUUGAAAAGUUUCGAGAGUGCACAGCCUGUACACUGAAAUUCAAUACCGUGCCAGAAUGGAUUGACCACAAACUAAGCCAUGCCCGAGUUCAGAAACCUUCACAGACAUUUGAGUGGAGUUGCGAGAUUUGUGCAAAAGCAUUUACAAGAAAGGAACGUUUGUUACAACAUAUGAUUUCUCAUCUUAACGAAAAAGAGCACGAAAGUGGUACUUCUACAGGUAUUAGCACCGAAGAUUCAAAGCACCACGUAAACGGUGAAAGUAAUGUAGCAAGUAAUCUCGAUAAAUCGCAGCAACAAGUAACUUCGUCCGUUGAAAUUAAAAUGGAAGAUGAUGAGGUUGAAGAUGGAGAUGAUGACCAACACGUCGUUGGAGCUGAAAUUCUUGACAAUGAAGAUGACGACGAUGACGAAGAUGAAGACCCGAAUGAUAGCAAUGAUUCAAAUGAUGAGGACGAAUCAGAAAACGAUACUGAAAUUGAUGACACUAAACAGACAAAACAAUAUUUUUGUGAAUUAUGUCAAGUCCCGUUUGGCUCAGCGGAAUUGCUGAGACAACACGUUUCAGAACAUUUCCUUAAUGGAGGGCUAGGAGGUAACAUUCAGUUAUCACUCAGAACAUCAACGGAGUCUACUAGUUCCAGUAGCAGUAGCGAUAGCAGUAGUUCAUCUAGUAAACGACAAAGCAGCAGUGACGCGGUUGACUCAACAGAGAUUAAACAAGAGCCAACCUGAUAAAGCUUUAUUUUUAAUUUGGUUUGCCCGGAAGCCAGACAUUUCACAAGUACAACAGCCACGACAUGACAAUUAAAUCUUUUCGAAACUCUUUGGUGUUGUAAGCAUAAAUACUUAAAUAAUUGCUAUUAUACAUGUGUCCAUGUACUACUCGAUCGAAAUCAGCAUUUAACUUCUCGCAGAGUAAUAACCAUUAGUAUUGAUAGCUUCUGUAUUUUACUCAAUAAAUAAUAACACAAACAUA